ACCCAGACCCGAUCCCCGCACGUAUAAAAGCAGCGUUACCCUUCCCAGAGCUAGGGUUUAGUGGACACUGGUGGAGCUGUCGUCGCGCCUUACUCUGCAAUCACCGGGAGCUGCAAUCAACUGGCAAGAGCGAGCAACAAUGGUGGCCGCCAAGAAGACCAAGAAGACCCAUGAGAGCAUCAACAACAGGCUCGCUCUCGUCAUGAAGAGUGGGAAGUAUACCUUGGGGUACAAAACCGUCCUCAAGUCCCUCAGGAGCUCCAAAGGUAAGCUCAUCAUCAUUGCCAACAACUGCCCGCCUCUCCGCAAGUCUGAGAUAGAAUACUACGCGAUGUUGGCGAAGGUUGGAGUCCACCACUACAAUGGAAACAACGUAGACCUCGGCACAGCUUGCGGGAAAUACUACAGGGUAUGCUGCCUGAGCAUUAUUGACCCUGGCGAUUCCGAUAUCAUCAAGAGCGUGCCAGGCGACCAUUAGGCAAUCGAUGCUUUCAAAGCCCUUUGAUUUUUGUUCUACUUCAUUUCUUCUACGUUUCCGGGGUGGGAUGGGUACUUCAGUUAGAUGGUCAUAUGUUGUUAAGGUUAAAGAGUUCCAUGUACUAGACUCAGAAAGCCGCUUUCACUCCCCAUUUUGCUGUUUCAUCAAUGAAGACCUGUUGAGUAUCUUAUACUGUUAUUAUCUGCUGCAAUGGUUGUUACCGGAA